AUGGCAGAAACUACCCGCCUAGUUAGGCUUGUGAUAGACCAAACAAGUCCCGACAACAACACAAGAAAAGCCGCCGAGCUUGCAUUCACAGAUUAUGUGCGUGAAAACCCGUCAACGGCUGCUUUCGAGCUAGUGAUGGCUGCCACUGUUCCCGAAGACCAACUACCCUUGGAUGUUCGUCAGUCGUGCUUGCUCCAUUUGAAACGGAUUGUUCCGAAGUAUUGGUCGCUUGCGUUCCAGCUGUUUGUGGGGCCUCCCAUUGCUCAGGACUUGAAGGCCAUGAUUCGUCAAAACUUGAUUCUGCUCGCUACGUCCUCGCCCCACUCCAAGAUUCGCCUGAGCAGUGCAUACGUGAUCGUGCAGAUUGCGGGCUCUGACUUUCCGGACGAGUGGCCCGAGUUGCUUCCCAGAUUGUACGAGCUGGCGGUGAAGUAUGACAAUCAUGUGGCUGUCUCUGGAAGCUUGACUGUUCUCUCCGACCUCUUUGAUGAUAUCAUCACCGAGGAGCAGUUCUGGGAGGGCGGCUAUGGUCGCGAGUUUCUCUCGCUCAUCUCCAAUGUGUUGUCUCUGGAACAGUUGGGACUGGAGUCAAAGAUAAGCGCCCUCCAAUUGUACUCGACAGUAUUCUCCACUCUUCUGAGCGUCCAAGCAAUGCAACUGAAAGAAAGGAAAGAGGCCACGUUGGUCCACGUCCAGUCUUUUUCGGCGCUCCUUCUAUCCUUGACCCAAAAAUCAAUUGCCACAUCAAACGCUUCGCUGUCUAUUCUACUCGUAGAAUUGCAGCUUCGCGCACGUAUUUACAUGGUUCUCGAAGACAUAUUGGGCUCGUUCUUUAAGCAAGUUCCCCAAGAAGUCAAACAGAGUCUAUUGACAGCUCUUGCGGAAGACUUCGUUAAUGUCUCGCAGAUUUUCAGAGAAGUAUUUGUGCCAGAGCAGAUCACUGCUCAAUUUACCAAAACCGAUGAGCUUCGGGAUCCUCAGGACCCUGUCACACUCCUUGUGCCUAACUUGCUUGAAAUUCUCUCUCUUUUGCAACAGAAGGUACCAUUAUCCGAUUCUUGGUCCUCAGAUGCGUUCAAUCUUUUUACUUCAAGUCUUGCCGCCUACUCAGUGAUGCCCGCUCGCACCCUUGGAAAUUAUGAGUCUGAUUUCAACACUUUUGUGACGGACUCAACCGAAUUGUCUGGAACGACUAGCAUUAGAGAUUCGAUCUCAGAGUUUUUGAGUAAUUUGAAUCAGAAGGACUCUGUACGUAUAUUCGAGAUUGUAAAUACUAUGGACACUGGAUCUGAUUGGAAGCAUAAAGAGGCUUGCUUGGUCGUUACAGAGGGUCUUUUCUUAAAUGAGAAUAUCGCAACCUUGGGUAAAAACAUACCUAUUGCAACCUGCCUUUCUCAAUUAAGCCGUCUUUUUAGUGCUCCUCUGAACUUUCCCUUUGUUUGUGCUAGAGCUUUCUUUGUCAUUCCCAGAUUGAUGGACAGAUUUUCUUCGCAAAUCUCUGUUGCUUCUUAUGCCUCAGUGGAACUCAAAAAGAUGCUCGAGUUUGCAAAAGCUUCUAUAGGUACUGAUGAAGCUGGUAUUGUGAUUGCAAGUGCUUUGAUCAGUGUCACUUUGUGGAAGAAUAUUGAUAACUUCAGUAUUAGUCAGGUUGAUGUGUCUAUCCAGGAUCUUAUUUUCCAUUUGUGCAAUCUGCUUGUCGAGGAUAGUGAAGAGGACACUUUGCCCGUGCUCAUCGAAGCAAUCUCUGCUGCAAUUGGUAUUUCAGAUGAGAGAGCUCAGACCGUUCAAAUUGACAGUAGUGGAGUUUCUGUUAUCGAAUUGAUUAUGAAAAUUUCUUUCAAGGAGGCGGCAAAUGUGCAAUUGAUUGUUGAUGCGACUGAAUGUUUGGAAUCGUUUUUGGAAGAUCUUAGCAUCGCAAAUUAUCUCCAAGUUUGUGAAAAGUGCGUCCCUUACCUUAUGCAACAGAUUUCAGCCUCUCUCGUCAAAACACCGGUUGAGUACACUCCAGAAUUGAGUCUCCAGCUCGAAAUGUUGUGCAUCAUCAUUUCUCAAUUCCCAUCCGACAGCGGCAGUCAACAGUUUCCUCCACAAUUGUUCUCUUUUGUCUUUCCAUCAACUUCUAAGCUUAUAAUGAACAGUAAUGAUGACGAGAUUCUACAAAAGGCUGCAGAGGUGUUCAAUGCAGUAAUCCAAAAAGCUCCGGAACUAGUUGUUGAAUACAAGGAUGAAGAGACAGGCAGCUCUGGAACUGAGGUUCUAUUGGCAAUCUCAUCGAAAUUUUUGUCACCAGAACUUUCAGAUAGUGCAGCAAUGAACUGCGGUUUGACAGUCAUUUCUCUUUUCGAAAACUUUCAGAAGUAUCUUAACGACGAAUUCUUCUACCAGCUCCUUCAAGCUACAGUUAGACGUCUAGUCAUCGCGAAGUCGAUUGUGACAACCGAGAAUCUCAUUAUGGUAUUUUGUAAGCUCGUUCUCAGCACAUCUCCUGAUUUAGUCAUUCAGGCUUUGACAUCAAUGAAGAUUGUUGAUGAGCAAAACGUUGCUCAUGAUGGUUUAGAACUAGUGAUGCCAAUCUGGCUCAACAACUUUGAGGUGACCAGAGGAUUCGAAAAAAUUAAGCAGAAUGUCUUGGCCUUAGGAAAAAUAUUUUCCGUGGAUGAUAGCAGACUCUCGCGCUUGAUUGUGAAUGGAGAUAUCAUUCCCUAUGAUGGCGACUUAAUCAUCACCCGUUCUAUGGCCAAAAACAUGCCUGAAAAUUAUACUAGAAUUCCUGCUCCACAGAAAAUUUUGCUGCUUCUCGCAGGCGAGUUGGCGUUCCAGUGCCAGCAACCUGAUCCAGAGGAUUACCUCCCCGACGAAACAAACGAAGGCGACGACGACAGUGACUGGGAGGAGAUGGACGAUAUUGGAGUUCCAAACUAUGAGAAAUUGAAGUCAUACGUCAUGUCAGAUGGUGAAGAUGAGCCAUCGUCGCAAGACCAAGGCAUCAAAGAGAUCUUGGUUCAGUUCUUCAAGGAGUGUCUCAGUAAGAAUCUAGGCAACUUCAGUGUCUAUUAUGAAGCUUUAAGUGAUCAGGACAAAACGGUCAUCACCGAAAAUGUCGUCUUCUGA